UUAAUUACCUUUUUGUUGAUUAAUUUCUUGUUUUGAUUGGAGCUUGGAGGAGUUUGUCAAUGGCUCAUUUGGGUGAAAGACGAGGCUCGGGCCGCUCCAGAUCCAGGAGUGCUGCUGUCUCUCAGACGGAUGAUCAGGAGCUUGAGAGACGUGGCUCUGGUGACGGCGCUCAGGAACCGCUGCCAAACCCAAACCAGCCGCUGAGCCAAGAGCUGCCUGGAUACAUCGCACCUCUGCCUUCAGAGUUGGCCGUUUCUGUGUCCACAGAUCAGCCUCACAGGAAGAGGAAGUGGCAGAGCGGCAGCCAGGAGGAUGAGCAUCCGUCUCCUUCAUACAGAAGAGCUGCCAAACGCUCCCGCAGAGAAGCGUAUGUGAAGGGCCCAUUGCUGGGGCGAGGAGGAUUCGGCUCUGUGUAUGCUGGGACCCGCAGGUCUGAUGGACUGCCAGUUGCCAUCAAGUACGUCUCUAAACGAGGAACACAGAGACUGAGAGUUGAAGGUCAGGGUCGGCUGCCGCUGGAGGUGGCGUUGAUGACCCUGGUCAAUUCGGCUCCUGCCUGCCCCAACGUCCUGCAGCUGCUGGAGUGGUUUGACCGUCCCAGACGCUACACCAUGAUCCUGGAGCGCCCGCUUCCUUGCCAAGAUCUGGAGAGUUUCUGUGAGGAGAACGGACGCCUGGAGGAGAGUCUGGCCAAGAAAGUGCUGCUGCAGCUGAUCACGGCGCUGAAACACUGCGAGAGCCGUGGAGUCCUGCACCGGGACGUCAAACCAGAGAACCUGCUGAUCUCCACAGACUCACAUGACAUCAAGCUGCUGGACUUCGGCUGUGGAGAUCUGCUGAAAGACUCGGCCUACAAACACUUUGCAGGCACUCUUCAGUACGCCCCUCCUGAGUGGUUUCGGCAUCACCGUUAUCAUGCGGGACCGGCUACGGUUUGGUCAGUGGGGGUGACGCUCUACCACGUCCUGUGCAGCUGUUUCCCCUUCAGAGGCGCAUUGAGGGUCACCUCCAAAAGCAGACUGCUCUUUCCUAGAGAGCUGUCGACAGGCAAGAGACAGAAAUCAGGUCCAGAUCCAGGUGAAGCGUGUGGUUUUGUGUUCCUGAACACUGUGUUGUGUGUAACAGAGUGCCGUCAGCUGAUUCGCUGGUGCCUCAGUGCAGCGGCAUCAGAUCGGCCCAGUUUAGACGACAUUGAGCGCCACCCCUGGUUACACUGAGCAGGUGGCCAGUGACACACACUUAUCUGACUCACAGCAGUCAUGGCUGGAUUGUCUUGUUAGGAUCAGACUAGAUAAAUGCUUCUGAUUGUUUGUAUAGGGUGAGCAGGAGUGACACAGGAAGUGCAGAGAACAGCUUCCUGAUCACCUACAGAAAGAGCAGAGGAUCAUGGACUAAUGGCCGCCACACAAUGAAGGGUUUUGAUCCUCUGCUCCAGUCUGUGAGGGGCUCUGUGUGGAUGCUGGAGGAGUCUGAACACACAGCAGCUGAAACCUCAGCCCGACGGGCCACAGAUCAAUAUGUGUAGUUUCUCCACAAAUACAGUCGAGAGAAGGGAGAAAAGUGUCAAGAAGCAGAACAGGAUCAGAAAGAGUCUGGGGCAGAGUGUUAACUAGCAUAAUGUAUUCAUGGAAAAAAGUCCACUUGGUGUUAGACAGAAUUUAAGUCACCAAAAAAUUAAGUAGUAAUUCAAGUAGUCCCCACAAUG